CAUUUUGCCUUCAAACCGGUAGGAACGUAGGAACAUCGAUUUGAUUUGUGUCUCGUUGGCAUGAUUUCCUGCAUGUGGUAGUUGACGAAAAGAGUGAAAAUAUGUCGGAGAGUACUGAGGCAAAGCAGGAUGGGAUCCUGGAAACGUCUACCAAGGAAGGAGACAGUGCUGGUCAGUCAGAGGAUUCCAGAGACUCAGGGAAAAGAAAAAGGUCAAGCAGAAAAAUGUCGGCAUUGGAGCAGUUGAAAGCAGAAGGAGAAGCCCUUCUGAAAGGGAUGUCGAGCAGCGGAGAAGAUGACAACAGGAGGCGGACACGCUCUUCCUCAAGGGGAACCCCUUAUACUCCUCCUUCUGCAAGCAAGAGGGAGAGGCGCACCCCUGUCACCACACCUUCAUCCAGUGGCCGGAAACGAGGAAGGCCCAAGGCGUCUGAGAAGAACAAAACUGAGGAUGAGGAAAGUAAAGAUGAGGACGAGGAAGAGAUUGCAGAAGAGAAUGAAGAGCCGAAAAAAAAGCAAGCAAAGGUUGAUGCUGAAGGAAGCAAGUCAGAGGGGAAGCGAGAGGCAUCUGCAGACAAAGAGAAGAGGCGAGUGAGUGAGGAAGCCAUGGAUGCUGAUGAGCCAGAGUCAUCAACAGAGAAAUCCCAUGGGAGCAGUCAAGAUUCUGCUCAGGAGCCAGAGGCAAAUGAGGAAGAGAGGAAAGAGGAGAAGGAAGUAAAAGAAAAGAAGGAGUUGUCCACAUCACACCUGCCCCCCUCUCAACCCGCCCCUGUCCCUGAAGCCACGCCUGCACCUGCACCUGCUGCCCCUGAAUCAGAGCCGCAGCACAAUGAUUCUCAGCCUGCUUCUGCAGGGCCUACUAGUACAAGUGAACCUGCGGCUAAUUCCAAGCCCGAGAGCCGCACGGGUGGGGAGGCUCCUGUUGCAGUGUCUGAAGCCCCAAAGCCGGUGGCAGUGGCCCCUGUCGACACACCACCUCAAGCAAAUGGAAUUUCCACUACUGCAUAAAAUUCCUUCUCCACUUCUCCUUCCUCUCUUGUGUCAUCAUCAUGGCAGCAACGCAAUCAACUGGUAUCAUGCAUCGAGAAUCAAGCUGUGUAGUGUCUCACUCUCUCUUUCUCUCUGUGAACAUCUAAAGUUGGUUCCCACUGUCAAAGGUUUCAUCUGUUUCUCUCUCUCUGUCUCUCUUCUUAAUAUCUUAAUGAGGUUAAAAUUUAUACCUGCAAAAAAUUAGUAAUCUGUUGUAUAUACAGGAGAGAAAAAAGCAACCGAGGAAUGUAAAGUGGUGGAGUUUUUUCUGUAUACAUGCACUUGCGUGUGAGUGCGCGUGUCCAUGCGUCCCGACAGCCCGGAAUGAAGAAGUCAAUGUUCACAAGCCUAGUCUUCUUGCCGUGCAUUCAGUACUCAGAGCUUCACUGGUGAGAGGUUGGAAAGGAAGAAAAAGGAAUGGAAUUCAUCCAUGUAUAUAAAGGGAAUCAGGUAUGACACUUUGGCUCAUCCUGCUGGGCUGGUGCCAUCUGGAAUGGAAGAUGUUUUUUUUUAAGUCUCAUAUCAGUUCAUCCUGGGUCUAUUUCUGCAGUCUUGUUAUCCAUCGGAGAUACAAGAACACAGUAUGGAGUUUUCUUUUGACAAACUCCAAACUCCCUUGUGACCCCAGUGUUCCUGCAGUGACGAUAGGACAGCCAAUUUUACAGUUAGAUAGCGAAUCUCUGAUUUGUUUGUUACUUGUAGCUGAUUAUCAAAGACUCAUUUUGCAUUUAAACCUGAUUUCAGGUCUUCAUUUCACAUUUGUCGUCUCAUCCUGCUGUUGAUCGUUUCUCUUGUGUGCAUGGUAGACAUGCACGAUUCAUAUCUUGACCAUGCAGCUGUACUGUUUGUCCAGGCCCAAAAUGGGCCAGGCCACAUAAGGCUGCUGUUUCACAUCUUACCUCUUAGCAACAGGUUUUCUGGUCUUCCUCUUCUCAGGAGAUUUUCACACAGCUGAAGCCUGUGCAGAUACCCUCAUGUUAGAUUUUUGGCUAUUCCUCACUGGAAAAUAUGAACCUGUCCUUCAUAGAACUGAAUUUUUGUGUACUUCACCCAUUGUUGUUUGCUUUUCUUUGACUAUCCACAAUAUAUCAAAUGGUACAUGAAUCGUCACCUGGGCAAUCAGGAGUGCCAUCUUAAGUGCCGAUGCCGCAUUCUUGAAAUGAAAAAUAAGGUGAUCCUAUCAGGGCCUGGACAACCUAGUACAAGUAUUAACCAGCUUGUUGCUGUUUGAUGAUGAUGAUGAUGAUGAUGGUAAUGAGUUCAAGAUGAUUGUCCCAUGUGCUCCUUUUUUUUAUACCAUUAAUGAUGUCAUGUCUCAGUCACUCUUUCUCUCUGGUUAUCUCCUUCCUGUCUGUGUGUGAGUGGAAGAGGAAGAAAUAAAAAAUUUUCAGC